UAAGACCAAAAGCGAGCAGAUUGCUGUGUGAGCGGCGGUUAAGAGGGGGCAUCAUGGAUGUGUCCGGCCACAGCCUUUUCCUCCUGCAGCAGCUCAAUGUCCAAAGGGAGUUUGGUUUCCUGUGUGACUGCACGGUUGCCAUUGGCAACGUGUACUUCAAGGCCCAUCGAGCAGUGCUGGCUGCCUUCUCCAACUACUUCAAGAUGAUCUUCAUUCAUCAGUCGAGUGAGUGUAUUAAGAUCCAGCCCACCGACAUCCAGCCAGACGUCUUCAGCUAUCUGUUGCACAUCAUGUACACAGGUAAUGGACCCAAGCAGCCCGUGGAUCAGGGUCGAUUACAGGAUGGGAUCAAGUUCCUCCAUGCAUACCAGCUGUGCCAUAAAGCAAGCGACGGCGGAACCGACGCCUCCUCAGACCCCAUCCGUAUAUCCAACCUGUACGGUAUCCAGAUCUCUUCCCAGCUGGGCACUAAAGAUUCGCCGGGCAUGAAGGCUAGCGGGGCACGUGAACCUGAGGACAGACGGUGUGGCUCACGUGACCAUCCACUGCCAGCUUUAGCAGGGAUCAAAGGGCACUCAUCGGAGCGCCAGUCCCUCAGUCUGCGCGCCAUCACCUCAGGGGACGAGUGUGAUAUCUUGGCACGGAUCAAACAGGAAGACGAGGAACCGGAUGAGGGAGAGGAACCACGAGCACUUACAUCUCUACCUUCAACCCAAGGGAGCCCAUGUCAAUCUGGUGGCUUUAAGGACGGCCCUCUGGCUCUGCUGUGUCCUCAAUGUGGAGAACAAUGCCUCUCUCCUGAGGGACUACAGGAACAUCUGUUCACCCACGCAGCAUGUGCCCUCAUGGAAGGACCUUCUGAUGACAGCAGGGGGGACAUUAAAGGGCCAAUGGAGGAGCGACAGUGCCACGCGCAAGCAGAUGAACUGGCGUCGGAGAUAAAGCGAGGUAUGGCAGGCACAGGAAGUCCACCCGUAGGCUUUACGCGUAAAAGAAAGAUGGCAUGCGCGGUCUGCAAUUUGCACUUUUCACAGAAGAGCCAGCUGCAGGAGCAUAUGUUCGCACAUGUGGGCAAACCACUGCGCCAACAUCGUUACGGCCGCUUCGGUGGACCGCUGAUCCAUCCCAGCGAAGGAACAUCAGAAAUCGAGGAUGUUGCCCAGGAUAAUGGCAGCUCAUGCUAUUCACUAGACUCAGAAGUCUCUCGUGAGAGCGUAGACGCCGUAGCGGUAGAAUGA